AGAGAAAUAAAACGGAAAGAAAGGAGUUAAAAAGGAAAGAAAGAAGACGAUGGGGAUACGGAGGCAGCAGUCAUCGACCCGAAGUCGGAGUGGAGUCCUUUUUGUUUGGUAACACCGAAUCACCCCCAAAAUCUCUCUCUCUCACUUCGAUCCAAGAAACCUAACUCACAGCUGUGGCCAGGCCAGCGACUGCUCCAAGCAAAGCGGCGACAAGAUCCUUCUCUUAAUUAUUAAUCAAUAACUACAUCUCGGGAUCUAACUCACUGUUCUAACUCCCGUAUCCGGGUGAUCAGAUCAGUGAGUCACAUAAGCAGCAAAUUUUAUUUCAUGGUCCUCCCUGGGGUAGGGUUCUACCGAUAGAGUCGCCGGUGGCUAGGGUUUUUGUUCUGCUCUCUAUCCAUGGCUUCGGCGGCGACUCAGACUCCGCCGACGAGUUGGCGCGAGGGCAUGUCCUCUGACAACAUCAAGGGCCUCGUUCUCGCUCUCUCCUCCAGCUUCUUCAUCGGCGCCAGCUUCAUUGUCAAGAAGAAGGGCUUGAAAAAGGCUGCCGCUUCUGGAAUCAGGGCAGGUGUUGGAGGCUAUUCUUACUUAUAUGAGCCACUUUGGUGGGUGGGCAUGAUAACAAUGAUCGUUGGGGAAAUUGCUAAUUUUGCGGCUUAUGCAUUUGCACCAGCUAUACUGGUCACUCCUCUUGGGGCUCUCAGCAUUAUCAUCAGUGCUGCACUUGCACACGUUAUUUUGCGUGAGAAGCUACAUAUUUUUGGAAUUCUUGGUUGUGUUCUAUGUGUUGUGGGAUCUGUUACAAUUGUUCUGCAUGCUCCUCAAGAACGCGAGAUUGAAUCUGUGUCAGAAGUUUGGGAUCUUGCCAUGGAGCCAGCUUUUCUCCUGUAUGCGGCUUUGGUCAUAACAGCUGCAUUUAUUCUUAUAUUCUACUUUAUCCCACAGUACGGCCAGACACACAUAAUGGUUUACAUUGGAGUUUGUUCCCUUGUAGGUUCUUUGUCGGUCAUGAGCGUCAAAGCACUUGGAAUUGCUCUGAAGUUGACAUUUUCGGGAAUGAAUCAAUUAAUCUAUCCCCAAACUUGGGCAUUCACUUUAGUUGUAAUUACUUGUAUUCUUACGCAAAUGAAUUAUUUAAACAAGGCACUCGAUACUUUUAACACGGCUGUCGUAUCUCCCAUAUACUAUGUUAUGUUCACAUCACUGACUAUUUUGGCUAGUGUGAUCAUGUUUAAGGACUGGGAUAGGCAGAGUCCAACCCAGGUAGUCACAGAAAUGUGUGGCUUUGUGACCAUCCUUUCGGGAACAUUUCUUCUUCACAAAACAAAAGAUAUGGUGGAUGGUUUGUCAACGUCUUUGUCCAUGCGACAUUCUAAUUCUAAGCACUCAGAAGAGGAUGGUCAAAUUGAUGUUGAAGGCAUCCCUCUUAGGCGGCAGGAAUCCUUAAGAUAACCAUGAAGUCUGCAUUUCUGCAAGUCGGACACAAAAAAAGAAAAAGAAAGCACGCUUUUUCUGGGGAGGGAUGUAUCGCUGAUGCAAGGUGUAUUUUAUGCAGCUAUGCAUCUAUCCGAUAAUAUUCUUGGAGAGAAAGAGAGAGAAGGGUGAGGUUUUAAUUGUUUUUUCUUUCUUUUUUUCUCGUUGGCUUCAUAGUGACUUUGCUUUCAGCUGUUGCACUGUAUUCACUCCACUCCAUACAAAAGGCACUGUCCAACAUAAUUUUGUGCACAUUUGUUUGUAUAGUGUAUCCUAGUUAAAUUUUUCCA